AUGAGCGACAAAAAGGGCGUCCACAACCUUACCACCAAGACCGACUUUGACGCAGCCUUGAACGACAAGGAGACCCUCAUGGUUCUUGACUGCUUCGCGACAUGGUGCGGCCCUUGCAAGGUGAUUGCUCCCCAGGUCGUCAAGUUUUCCGAACAAUACCCCGCCGCACGCUUCUACAAGCUCGACGUUGACGAGGUCCCCGACGUCGCCCAGGAACUCGGUAUCCGCGCUAUGCCCACUUUCCUUCUUUUCAAGGGCGGUGACAAGGUCGCCGAGGUUGUUGGUGCCAACCCCAAGGCUCUCGAGGCCGCCAUCAAGGCCAACCUCGAGUAG